GACAGUAUGGAAACUCCUGACCCCAGACCUACUUUGAAAAGAGACAGCAUUGAAACUCCUGACGCCAGACCAACUUUGAAAAGAGACAGACUGAGUAUGGAAAGUCCUGACGCCAGACCAACUUUUAAAAGAGACAGACUGAGUAUGGAAACUCCUGACGCAAGGCCAACUUUUAAAAGAGACAGACUGAGUAUGGAAACUCCUGACGCCAGACCAACUUUUAAAAGAGACAGACUGAGAAGAAAAUACGCCAGAUCAACUUUUAAAAGAGACAGUAUAGAACCUCCUGACGCCAGACCAACUUUUAAAAGAUUGUUAAGGAGAAGAGCAAGAAAAGUGGCCUUCACUGCAUACCUCGGUAAUCAGAAAAUAAAGAGCAACCAGCAAGUCAUAAGAUACUCUCGUAUAGCCCUCAACAUAGGGAGAGCGUACAGACGUGGUAUUUUCCGCGCCCCCUCAUCUGGAGUGUACGUCUUCUUCUUCACAUCCAUGCCACAACGAGGCAAAGGAGAUGCUCUUUGGUUGAUGAAAAAUGGAAGACGAGUAGUCGAGUCUGUGUCUGGAAGAAUGUCGUCAGGUUACAACAUGGGAAGUAAUAUGGCGAUCCUGUACCUAAGGCGACGCAACAAGGUUUGGGUGCAAACUUCCCCGAAUUGGAAAUUCUCAAAGAUAUAUAAAUACCAGUACUCAGCCAAUUCCUUCUCCGGCUUUCGCCUGUAUUAGUCAGUACUAUGAAAAAAAGCUGAUGCAAAAUAUAAUAAAUGAUUGAUCAUCAAAAAUAAA